GGAAACGCUCACUCUUGUGGGAGGGUUUUUUCUUCCACUCUCUGCGUCUUGCCGGAUUCCCCCGCCUGCUCCGACUCCGUCUCUCCACGACGCAGUAUCUGCCAUGGCCUCCUCAAUGAAGACUCUGGUUGACGAUGACAGCCGAUAUCAGAAAUCCUUCGAGCUUUUUCUGGAGAGUUCGACCGAGCAUCAGUGCAUGCAGGACUUCAUCCACCACGUCCUGCCCGACAUACUGGCCAGCGUUGGAAACGGGAAGUCCCACCUGAAUGUCAUUGGAGUUGGAAGCGGUGCAGGGGAGAUCGACCUCGAGAUCCUCUCUCAGCUGCGUCUGAAGCACCCGGGGGUGACGGUGGAUAACGAGGUGGUGGAGCCCAGCAGCCAGCAGAUACAGAGCUACAGAGCUUUAGUGUCACGGAAACCAGAUCUAGAUUGGAUCAAAUUUACCUGGAACCAGAUGACGGCCUCGGAGUUCGAGGAGCAAUGGAAAGAGAAAAAGACGACCAAGAAGGCCGACUUCGUUCACAUGAUCCAGAUGCUGUACUAUGUCAAGGAUCCUGGAGCUACUAUCAGCUUCUUCCAGAGCCUCCUCAACAAGAGCGGGAAGCUUCUCAUCAUCCUUGUGUCUGGUGAGGGAGGCUGGGCGAAGCUGUGGAAGGCCUACAAGGACCAGCUGUGCAUUUCGGACAUCAGCCAGUGUGUGACGGCAGGAGACAUCAGAGGCUUCCUGGACGCCAAGCGGCUGAGCUACCGGAGCUUCCAGCUGCCGUCUCAGAUGGACAUCACCGAGUGUUUCACCAAGGGGGACGAAAAGGGAGAGCUGCUGCUCGACUUCCUCACCGAGGUGCAGGACUUCAGCAAGACGGCGCCCCCCGAGCUGAAAGCGGGUGUCCUGCAGCUCCUGCGCCACCCGGACUGCAGCGUGGAGUCUGCCGGCAAAGUCAUCUUCAACAACAAGCUGGAGGCGCUGCUUGUUGACCCCCUCCCCUAGCCAGUUAAAAAAAAAAACAGUGAAGGAUAUGUGGAAUUUGCUAAUGGAGAUGUUGACUGCAAUGUUUUUCUGUUUUGUUUUUAAGAGGCACAUUUUUUUAUUGAUUGUACAUAAUUCACAAGCUUUUAGUCUUUGUAUAAAGUGAAUUUUUUUGUACAUCCUCAGGUCCCUUAGGAGUUUAAAUCAAAUAUUUUUCUCAUCGACUGCAUUAUUUUUCAUUCAUCUUGUACUGUCUGUGCAAAGCAAGAACAGCAUGCCUGUGAUUCUCUUCUGACCACAUUUUUGUUUAUUUGCUUGUAAACAAUCUGAAAUCCUCAGUUCUGCUCCGAGGAAUAGAAAAUCCAGAGUUUUGAUCCGAUAUCAUCUGAGAGAACAGAACAGAUGCUCUCUCGGUUCAUCAUUAAUUAUUUUAACAUAUUGGCAACCUAUACGCUACUCUUUACAAAUAUCAAAAUGGAUGAGCAAUGGAUUAUUUAAUUCUUCAUGCAGUAUUCAUUUAAUGUUGCACUGAAUGCACUUGCAAGAGUUUCUGUGAUUUUUGUGUUCCAUUGGUGCAAACUGUUUUAUUUUGAAAUGUCUUUUUUCGAUCAAUGAGAGAGCAUAAUGAAGCAAUUAAAAAAUGCACUGGAAUUUGUUGUUGAAUUAUGUUAUUUUGGGAUAAACAUUUGACCAGAUUUUCAGACUCUUUUGACCAGUUUGUGUCGAAACUUUUUUCUCUAACAAACUCUUGUCCAGUCCUUUAACAUCAGUUCAAAACAGGAAAACUAAACAUAAGAGGCCUGAAGCUCAAGAUGCAAAAUUCAAUGAAAUGACUUGAA